AUGGACCACACCACCUCAGCUCGUCCAGAGCUGCUUGAAUCCCUCUUCAACCACAUUGUUCUCCCUCCGAGACUCCCCGGGAGGCACGACAGCAAUCGUACGAAUAUCGAGCACGCGUUCAUCGAUCGCUUCAUUAAUGCUAGUCGGGCCAUGCGAUCAGUUGCCGCCGACGGACCGCAUCGAGCAGCCUGGGAUUCGAUAUGCCGUUCACUCCACACAAGCAGAACCUGCAACCCCGGCGGCAAGCUGGACAAGACUUCGUUGUGUCGCGAGUUUCGAAAUCUGACCGACCGAGAGACACUCAUUCUGCAUCUAUCGGAACAGAACUGUGGGCUUUUACUUCGGAGGUGCGGCGAGAAUAUUAUUUUCGAGGCUUUUGAAGUCUCCCCGCUGUCGGCCGACGUUCUCGCCUCACAAAAUGCACUGCUUCGGACGUUCCCUGGGACCACCGUCAUCUUAGAACGGUCCAUAUUCUGCGAUGAUUCUUUCCAAGAACAGCUUUCUACGUUUCUACAGCAAGCCAGCAUCGAAUCAAUCAAGCGUUUCGCCGCCAAGACCCACAAGGCCGGAUCUUUAGCGUUCGAAAGCAGAGACACGGCAGACCCAGCCUUAAUUACCAGCAUGCUCAUGACGUUGCUUGAAGCCAAUGGCCGUCGAGUAUACCCGCCUUUACUCCAAAAGCGAAUACAUGAUGAUGUGUGCUGGGCUGAUGGCGCCGACCGGCCGUGGAGAAGGUCCGAAUUCUGGCUUGUUCUCCGUGUUGCGAUACAACGAGAGCUCUCCGUGCUGCUCGGGGGAGAGGUCGGACGGACACAUUACAAAUUCGUGAUGUGUGUGCUCCUCGCAGGCCUACUGGAUGACACGUUGACUACACUGGAUCCGGCAUCGGUACACCUGAUCAAGGCUAAGCUGUGCCGUCGCUUAGUUAAACUCGAAGUCAAUAAAGAUCAAGCCUCCCUAGAUCUUCGUCCUGUAUACCAGAGUCUAUUCGAAAGCCUUACGACUCGGUUCGAAAAAUCUGUACAGGAUGCGACGCGAUAUAUCGAAAUUCGCUGGGAGGAAAUGAAGAAAUCAACACGGAGGCCCGUGUAUCCACUGCCAAAGAAAGCAGAUCCACGAGAUCUGGUUCUCAAGCUUCCAAACUCCAGAGCCUAUCUCGACCGAGUUAUGAAAGAGGCUUCACGACCAACACAUACACAGAGCUAUGAUCACGAUCAGUCCCGGAAUGAUUUCCAGGCUAUGUUGGCAUCUAAGGGUCAUUUCAAAGCCUUUUCAGAGCGAUAUUUUGAUCUGGUCGAUCUAGAGGUCGAAAUCCGGACGAGCAUUGGCCAGGCCUCCGAGUCAUUGUGUUUAACGACUUUACAAAAUGACUCAUUGGAUCUGGGCGAAAUGCAAUGUAUCAAGCUCGCAAACCUCAUCGAAAAGUACAUCGCUGCAGUAGGGGCUGCGUACGACGAGUAUGCAGACCAGAAGGGAGAGAUGCUUUUGACCAUAAUGGAACUUUGGGUAGCCAUGGACAAAUGCGCGACGAAGACGUACCCCCUUAUGACCGAAUACCACCCUGGGUUCCCCUCCGCAAUGAUGGAUGUACUGCAUCUUCCUCACCUCUCACAGCUCAAGCGUUUGAAGGAUGUGCAGGCCUAUCUCGAAGUAAGGAAGUUACGAAGUGGAGAUAGUCACGCCACCAUAUUCGGCGAUCCGUCAGAGGAGUGUUUUGGAGUCCGAUACUACAAAGACUGCCCAAUGCUUCAUCGGUUGCAUGAUUAUAUUGAGGAAGACGCGCAGAAAGCCCGAGAGCAGAAAGAAGUUGAGUGGAAUGCCUUGAGUGCCGAGUAUGAAAGCAUGGUCAGGCAGAUCUCAGAAGCUUCUUGCAUCUUUAAGAUCAGUGAAGAGACUUCAGAGCGGUAUCACGACACUCGUAAUUGUACGAAAUGCUUUUUGGAACGUAAGGCGUGGCGCCACCGCAUCAAGAUAUACGAACAUCCGCUGCCGGCAGACCUCAACGCGACCAAGGCUGUGGUUUUUGAGCUUGGAAUCCCCGAAGCAUUUGCGCGAUACCGCAAUUCAACUUUCACGAUAAUCGCAAAACUCACUCGAUCCGAAACUACUGAAAAGAUACAACCACCGCGUGUCUUACUUUGCGACUACGCUCCUCUCAAAACAUAUAAAACUACGGCCGUUCACGCCUGGGGUACCACUCUUGCAUCAUCAGCGAAAGCAUUUCUUGACACGCACUAUUCACAUGUGAGAUUUCCUGUGUCUUUAGACAAUGUUUGUCUACCUAGCGGGUUGAAGUUUCGAAUGUACGAUUCUCGGCAUGGUAUCUGGCCCGAUAAACAAUACCAGAGACCAACCUUAUGCCAUCACUUCGAGCUGAAGCUCCCUACUGGAUCCCCAUUUGCGCAUUUACAGUCGUCGCCCGAUUUCGCCGCAGACCACUAUGGACCGACGUCAAACCAGAUUAUUGCAAGCCAGUCAAUGUGCCCUCCUGGAGCCAAUAGUCAUGAGUACAUGGCCUUCCAGAGCCUCUCCUCAGGCUACAAUCGUCGGUGGCUAGUGUUACUAAUGGAGCUUGGGUCGACCAAUCUCAACUUCUCUACUGAAGCCAGCUCAUGCAUGGUAUCGGCGGUUGCUUUGCAGGCUGGACCAGAAGCCGGAAACGAUGUACUUCGCGCUGCUCAUCGUGUAUUUCGAGACGACUCGUUUUGUGAAGAGCUAGUAACACAGCUCUCGAGCCGGUUAAGCGGCCUUAAAGCCAAUUGGAGGGAGGUGUUUCUGAUGGACAUGCUCAUCACUCUCAUGUUGAGGCUCUGGACACUAUCGGUCAAUCAUCACUUCUCGGCUAAGGCUCUGGAUCUUCUGGCUCACGCUCGAAUAAUCACCUCCGAGUGGAUUUCAGCCCUAAGGAAGGAGGCCAGUAUUGCAGUGGAUGCAGAAACAUCCCAGAGAAUAACUUCGUAUGCCAUGUGGGCUGCCCUUCUCUGCAAGAGAACUUUCAUCGUGUUUGCCGAUCAGAGUAUGCUACUGGACCCUAUGUCGACUCGCUGCUUCAUCGAGAGUUCUAUUACCAUCCAGGACAAUCUCGUUGGUGGCCUAGGCACAUUAGCAAGCACUCAAAGACACAGACUCGUCAGCGAUUUGAUUAUGACAUACAAGAUGCGCCAUAUUCUUCGGCAGUCCAUCGAGCAUAAUCAAGGAUCGCUGCGGAUGGCAAUCCAUACGUUUUGGCCAGUAUUAGAUGCAGGAGUUUCACAGCCUCCAGUUGCAUGCGCCUUUCUACAGCCACCAUACGAAUGGGUCCUUGAGCUGGUCAUGAGUGCCACCCAUCAGAUGUCACAACAAGUUGUACACUAUGCACUCUUGUAUGGGACUCUAGGAGUGAAUGGUUUUCCUCUGGGCAAACUACCAAUUCAGUAUAGGACACAUCCAUUGCUUAAGCUGCUCUUCGGGACACAAAACCUGCUGGUUUUCAAUAGUCCAUUGGUUGGUAUGUCACACGGUAUUGUGCUGCAUCUACCUUACAACCACCAAGCCCAUAUUGGGCUUCGAGACAACCAGUUAGUCGUCAGGGCCUGUGUAAAUGGGGCAAUUCUGGAAUAUGUUCCUCGCGAGGUAUUUGGAAAUCCGGCCAAUUUUGAUCUACCCUCCUCACUGGUAAUCGACCGCUUUCACUGGCUCAAUCCACGCAGCGGUCUCCUAGAAAUUAGGCAAGGCCCGGAACCUUGGAAGUCAAGAGAGAGCGACUGGGUACUGAAUUUGAAUACCCGCCAGGCACGCCGCCGCAAUGUAACACUAGUCGACCCGCAUAGCCCGCUUUUUCAGAGCAUUGCGCGCCAAUUCACGUAUUUUGAAUAUCGCCACCAUCUUACGGUAUUCCAACCGUUGUGGAGAAACCUGACAGUCGAUCUACGAAGAAUGGAGCUCUCAUUCACAGUCAACAGGCGGAACUUGUUGGAGUGCUCGCAGUUGCAGUCCGAGAUCGAUCCAAAUCAGGACGCCGGCACUUGGUACGGUUUAAACAGCAAAAUUGUACUGAGGUCGACUUUGAAUCCCCGCCAACGAAGCAUCAUCGUCCCAAAAGGCACAUUGACUUGUCGCAAGAGCAACGCACACGUUGCUGUUGAUGUCGCGAACGUUGUUGGCCAAUACGGAACCUUUACCAUCAACAGUGUUCUGGGCCGUCUCGAUUGCGCUGCAGAACCGACUUUAUUGUAUUCGAAAGCCCUGUUUCAUGCGUAUACCUCAUUCGUCUUGCCAGAUCCGCUGACUGGUCGGAUCGGAACAGAGGAAUCCAUCAAAUAUCUCAAAUCUGGUUCAUUCCAGCCAUGGGAGCCGUUGUCAAUCCACUCAUACAAUAUACUGAAAGACAUUGCAAAGCUCAGCCCUCGGAGGGAGUAUUAUCCUGAGGACCUCCGCUAUAUGCAGACCGUCGUUAGUAAUCCUAGCUCAAGUAUCAACAUUGAGCGUCCGGAGUUUCGACAUCUUGUGGAAUCCAUAAUCAAGAGAUCGGAAGAGUUGAGGACCUUUGCGCCCCAACAUGCCUCACUUCCGGGGCUUGAACCAUCGGGAGAUCCUGGCCUAGCCCAACGUAGCUAUAUUCGGCAUCAUCGCUAUUGCCGUUCCUUUCUGGAGGAAAAGCCGCAAGCCACCGUUGCAGAUGUCGAGUAUACCGCCCGAGAUUCUUGCCCAAGGAGUCAUGGCCGAUCGAAGGUUUUUAGAUGCGCCUCCAUCGUUCGGUCCUGGCCGAACACCAUACGAACAACGAAAGACCUUGCAGGAAUUCUUCAGCAAUGGCCUAUCAUCGGGGGAUACAACGGUAACUUUGACAAAGUAGUGAUCUCAGACCUCCUUUCGCUCGACAUGUCACGCGAAUGGGGCAGGUUAGUCAAACUAUGUCAAGGAUCCGAGGCCAAAGACCGGUACUCCCUCAUGUUUCUCUUCUCACUUCUUGGGUUUGGCAAAGACGUGAACAUGGACGCUGUCCGAACACUCAUCGCAUUCGCCGUAUCAAAUGACCUGAAAUCUCUUACACCUCCACAGUGGCCGUCGUACAACCAUUUCCGAAAGGACCAACAUCCACGUUCCGACCAUCUUAUCCAGCUGAUGAAACCCUGCCGUGAGGCAUAUACCAACGAGGUAAAGGAUGCGCUUGGGUCUACGUUGAGCUACAAACAACGGAAAAAGUACGAACUAGAAGAGAUGCAGCAUGAGACUCUAGUCCGAAAACAAUGCGAAUCCUUCGCAGACUUUUUGCUCGCCCAAUGGCCAUGCGUUGAGCCAAGUUUGACAGGAUUUUCCUUGGACAUUCUCCUCGAUUGCGAAAUGGCGAUGGCGGCAAUCAAGCCUGAGUGGUUUCGAUGGUUUCAGAACAUUCAACUUUCAGCUCAUGUUUUCCAAGCGCAAGCUAUCCUUGAUCGUAUGCAAGUUGACAUCGAAGUCGAACUUCCACGUGGAUCAUCUAAGACUCAAGCUGUGCUUCCCACAAGAAAUCGAGGUGGUGAAGUCCCGACCCUUUUGGAUCUCAUCAGUAAGCGCGGUCCGCGAAUUCUCGCUGGCGUUAUUCCCAGUGCCAUUGGGAAGACGCACGUCGGUGGCACUUUGAAUGAACUACCCAAUGGGGCUCGCAGAUCGCUUAGCAAGGAGUCCGAAAAGCCGAGUCUUGCAGUUGCGGCUACACCAGCCCUGAUGUCGACGAAGGAACUAGACCGCGUCAUCUCUACUAUGACAGGUUCUCAGUCGCUGGUACGCCAGCAAUAUGGUCGGGAUCUUGAGGCCAGUCUAGUGGCCUUGAAGGGACUCUCUCCUGCAAUGAGCAACCAAACAAUCCUCAACCCUGCUCAGCUAUCCUCAGACAUCACAAAUGCGGACAAGAUAGCUCAAGGGUUGAUCGCGGAGAUUCGCCAAGCUCUUGAAGCGCACGACUCCCGCGCAAAAUGGCUUCGAGUGGGAGGACUAGCGCCUUGUGACACACGAAUUUCUCUUCUCGAACUCUUGAGAUCCACGGCCCACGCGGAGUUUGGAAAGGGGAUGAAGGAGGCCUUGGUUCGCUAUGCUGUCUCGCUCACGAGACUACAGCGACUCUUGAGACUACAAGAUGCCCUGUCCAAGGGCCACAAACAGCGUUUUACAGAGGAGAGAAAUAACGGGGGCCAUGCCAAUUGGCAGCCGCUUGAGCGCACGGACUGGCUUCUCCUCGAAAUCGAGUCGGAUAUUCUGAUACGGCCACGACAAGUGGACACUAGCGUAAUUUUGCCAAUGGUGGCGGCCGUCCUUGCGGAUGCGACUCAGCUUUCGAGAAUAAUUGUGCCUCGUUCACUGCUGCUGCAAACGGCUCAGAUCUUUCAAGCUCGAUUAGGCGGCUUGCUUGGCCGGAAGAUCUGUCAUAUUCCUUUCUCUCGUAAAACUCAGGCAAACUCAGACACACUGAAGAAGUAUUACAGCAUUCAUCAGGAAGCUUUGAAGAAAUGCUCCAUUAUACUGGGGCUUCCUGAACACCUUAUGUCGUUCCGGUUAAGUGGUCUGCAGAGAGUUUCGGACGACAGACUCGCAGAAGCUGGCUGGAUGGUGAAUAUCCAGCGGUGGCUUUCCAAGGUAUCCAGGGAUGUUCUUGAUGAGUGCGAUAUUACGCUUGCUGUUCGUACACAAUUGAUCUAUCCUUCCGGAUCUCAGAGUGCAGUCGACGGCAACCCAUAUCGAUGGCAGACGGCUGAGGCUAUACUUCGUCUAGUUGAUUCAAAUUUGACAGCCCUUCGAUACCGUUUUCCUCAAAGCAUUGAGGUGGUUCGGAGGCCCUCAGGUGGCUACCCAUUCAUCUACCUUCUUCGAAGAGAUGUUGAGGAUGCGCUUAUUGAACAGUUGGUCAAAGAGAUAUGCAGUGGUAGAACAUCCGUACUCCCAGCAGCAAACGAGUGCUCGAAAGACGAUCGAAGUGCAAUCAAACACUUCAUUUCCGAAGCCAAGGUAUGCGACGAUAUCAUCAAACGAGUACACGGAAUGUUCCCCGGUAAACCAGCAUGUCUCCAAAUCCUUCGUCUCUUACGGGGCUUGUUCGUCCAUAGGAUUCUCCUCCUCACUCUGAAAAAGCGGUGGAACGUUCAAUAUGGCUUGAACCCUCUGAGAGAUCCGAUUGCUGUCCCGUAUCAUGCAAAGGGAGUCCCGUCAGCUCAAAGCGAGUGGGGUCAUCCUGACGUAUCGAUCUUGUUUACCUGUCUCUCUUUCUAUUACGACGGCCUUACUCUACCACAAAUACAUCAAAGCCUCGAGCACGUUCUCAAAGGAGAUGAUCCCGCUACAGAAUACGAACGCUGGGCGACUGAGAAUCUUCCUGGGUCCUUGAGGGAUUGGAACGCGAUCAAUGUAGACGACGAGGCUCAACUAGCUGAGAUUCAUCGCCACGUUCGCUAUAAUGUGAAUGUCAUUGAUCACUACCUCAAUAACUUCGUCUUCCCAAAGCACGCGAAGCAGUUCAAGAUCAAGCUCUCUGCAUCAGCAUGGGACAUUCCUCUCUUUUCGCCUCAAAACAAUGUAAAUCUUGCAAAAUCAAGCUCCAAGGAAGUUAGAAAAGCACUUACUACAGGGUUUUCUGGCACAAACGACUCAAGAAACAUGCUUCCACUGAACAUUAAGCAGGAGGAUCUGUCUGGGCUCUGGCACACAAAUGCGGAAGUUCUCACAUUCAUGCUCGCCCCUCGCAGCAGAACAUUCGUUUUAACAGCCGAUCAUCGAGGGCGGAGGCUGUCAGAGGUGGAGAUAUUAAGAAGGCUCGCUAAAACGAAGAUUCGCGUGCUCAUAGACGCAGGAGCACAGAUCUUGGAGCACGACAAUCUCAGUCUUGUGAAAGCCUGGCUUGUGGAAGAUCAUGAAUCAACCGCCGCUGUUUACUUUGAUACGGAUAACAAGGCAUGGGUCUUGUACAGGCACGGCUACCGGGUACCUUUGCUCGCAUCCCCGUUUGCAGACAAUCUCGAAGAAUGCCUUGUGUACCUGGAUGAGGCUCAUACUCGAGGAACAGAUCUUAAGCUACCUACGGAUGCAAUUGGUGCGCUUACGCUCGGCCUCAACGUAACCAAAGAUACGCUCUCGCAAGCGGCCAUGAGGCUGAGACAACUAGGAACCACACAAUCAGUUGUCUUCUUUGCUCCCCCGGAAGUGCAUCAGUCUAUCUUGGAUCUUGUGAAGAAGAAGCACAACGAUCCCGUAGACUCUUAUGAUGUUGUCCGAUGGGUCCUGGAACAAACAGUCACAGGAAUAGAGCAGUUACAGCCUCUGUAUUUUGCCCAAGGAAUUGAUUUCUGCCGGCGUACCCAAGCAGCUCUAGACAACCCAGAUUUCAUGGAAGAUACCUGUGAGCGCGACGCCUAUCUGGCUGUCCUUCAACAAAAGGAACGACAAACACUGAAAACUCUCUACGAGCCCAAAAGCUCGAAGGCAGCUUUAGAUGUGACUACGUAUUGCCCCUCUCUUGCGGCCUUCAAAGAGCGCUUGGAUGCCCAGAGACGGAGCUUCAAAGACACCGGCCAUGCAGUACAUGGUUCAGCCUUAGAAGAAGUGGAGGUAGAGAGAGAGGUAGAAGUCGCAUAUGAAGUCGAGGACGUCAGGGAGGUGCAGAGACCAACCCAACUUAUGCCGCUUUCUUUUGGAGGCUUGCACCGAGAUCUCACUCGGUUUGUUCAGACUGGACGCUUGUCUGCAGGAUCUGCAGCUUUCCAAAAUGCAUUUGCUGCCUUGAGGAGAACUGUAGCGGGUGCAAAAUAUGGCAUAGAUGCAGAACGAAUGUCGUCGAAGCUUUAUGUUUCGGUGGAGUUCACGCGGACGGUGUCUCUCUACCGAUCCGAUGAUACCUUUCAGAGACCGGUCAACUUUAUCCUGUGGAGCUCUGUCACGGAGGAUUACAUGAUCAUCAGUCCGGAGGAGUGCGAGAUUUGUAUCGCGUUGAUUCGAGAUAUGGCUGAAUCGCCCACCCAUCUCCUGACCUAUGCCGCGCCGGUUACUCGGAAGAUGCUGCGUUUCAACGACUUACGCUACUAUGCGAUUCCAGAACUGCCUCGCGGAUGGAAUGCACCGAUCUGGUUGAAAAUGGAGCUUGGAAUUUUCGCUGGACGUCUCUACUUCGAAUGGGAUGAGCACAGCAGUGUACUCCAACCCCUUGGUGUUGCAGUGGACGAGGAGGAUGAGAAGCCUGAAAACAGUUACACGCAUCUGACUUCAUUGGAAAUACCCGACGGAGACACUGAAGACCAAGACCUUGGACCAAAUGAGCAGCAGGAGGGGCAAAAGUGUUUUUCAACGAACCCGCUAGCAUUCUUGCACGAGUGGUUAACGGUUCGCAGAAAGGGGCAGGAUUUCGAGCACACUCCGCUCGGUCACAUCGUCCAAGGAAAGAGGUUGACACCCACUCACUCCUUUUUCCAAGUUGCUACGGAUGCUUCCAGGGGCCAAAAGCCAGUGCCUUCAAAUUCGAAGCACGUCCGAGGGACUGGAAAGGACAGGAUGAAUGGCUACGAUAGCGAGGACGCUGAUGACUAUCUAGACGAUGAGUUCUUCGACGCCGAGGAAGACCAUGAUGCGGAUUUCGGAGAUGAGGAGAAUGGGUUUGAUGAGACUGGCGAAGUCGGCGGAGCUUUCUUCAAUGGCGAUGAAGAGUAUGUGGAGGCGGGGAUGACUCCGUAGCUCUUCAUUUGGCUACCAUAGUGGGUUUUUAGGCACGAUGUACAGGCUUUGGUAUGACACUUGCCCGAGUUCUGCAGGUACUCUAUCUGCCAUUGUGAAAUAGGUCAUCGUAGAUAGCUUAGCUAUGUCAGAUACACCAUUCCGGAG